AUGACCCUCUAUGUUAAAGAAAUCACAAUUGCGAAUAGCAGAAAAGAGCAUGAUUUCAGCCCUAGCCGUUCAUUGUUGUCCGACAACACCUCCCCCUUUUCCUCCACAAAGCCGAGAAAAAAAAGACCCCAGACAACAUUCCAGCACUCUUCAAUGACGAAAAAGUACUUUUCCAAACUCUUCCACCACCGCAGCCGGAGCACCCACCGCUACUCGUCGUCGAGCGACGACCGGUCCGAUACCAACACCAUCGCAGACGCCACCGAGGUGUUCAGCAAAUGGCGCAGCGAGGACGGGCCGAUUGAGCCGGACGCGGCGCUGGGCUACCUGCGCCACCUCAUCUCGGUCAAGCAGACGCUGGACCGCAACAUCGAGCUGCUGCUGCCAUCGGCGUACCGCGAAAUCCUCACCAACACGGUGACCAGCACGACCACGCAGCCGUUCAACCUGAACGCCCUGGCGACGGCCGGCCACGACGUGACCCGGCAGAAUGCGGCGUUCACCAGGCUGGCGCGCAGCCUCAAGGACACCAACGACAGCCUGCAGGCGGCCAUAUUCGAGUACCUGGAGAUGCUGCCCGAGAGCAGCGAUAAACACAAGCUGGCCAAGCAGUGCCGCCAUAUGCGCGAUACAAGGCGCUGGGGCAAGUUCGAUGCCUUCGAGUUUGUCUGCCAGCCGCUGGCGUACCUGGAAAUGUUCAUUCCGGGGCAUGUCAAGGAGUGGCGGGGGUUUCUGAUUGAAUUCGCCUCGCCCUUAGUCGCGUAUUUCGUCGAGACGGAGCUGGACCAGGGGAUGGCGUGGGAGGAGGCCAGGGCAGUGAUCCAGGAGGUGUUUGGGACGAACCGUGCGCGUGAGACUCUGCUCGAGUGGCGCAGCGCAACCGUCGCUCUGGCGUCCUGCAUGGAUGUGCUGGAUUACCGCAAGACCGUCGAGCCGAAUAUCCGCUGCUCGAUGCGCACGCUAGCGGCCACAUGCACGGACAGGCAGCAGCAGGCGUUUGUGGAUGCGCUGCGCAAAAUCAAGGUGCCCAAGCCGUCGCGCUACGACUGCGAGAAGCUGCGCGGAUACCUGUCGGCGCUGCCAGUUUAA